UCUUCCAUGUAUACACUAGAAGUCAUACAUAAAAAUUCUGAAUCUGUGUUUCUCUCAAAUAACAAUCCUCUUUGCAUCAGCUCACUUGCAGGUUUUGGUACAUUUUACUUGAUCAAGAAUCUACAUCACUUGGAUCAAGUUGAAACUGUGCUUGGUUGCAGAAGCAUGAUGGACUGGAGACUGCUUACAGCUGCAGCUAAAGGGGAAACUAAUCUCCUUGCUCUUGCCAAUUUUCACCAUUCAGAUUUCGACAAUGUAACCCCACAGAAGAACAACGCUCUUCACAUUGCAGCUAAGCAUCAGAGGCUUGACUUCGCUGCAGCCAUACUUGAUCUUCGCCCAUCUCUCCUCUUGGGAGAAAACAACAAUGGAGAUACACCUAUACACGUUGCAGCUACCGUAGGUUCCUUUCAAGUGUUACAACUUCUUCUUUCUUCAGCCAAUUUAGAUAUCGAAAACCGGGGAAUAACCAAGCAGCUAUUGAGGACUACUAAUAAGCAGAAGGAUACAGCGUUACAUGUUUCAUUAAAGAGUGGACAUGUGGACGUAGCUAAGCUCCUAUCUGAACAAGACACAGGAUUGCUAGAUAUGGCCAAUAACAACAAUGAAUCUCCCUUGUACUUAGCUAUUGAAAGAGGGCUUUUCGACAUUGCUGAUCAUAUUUUGGCAACAUCUCCUUCGGUUUCGAGUACAGGGCCUAAAGGUAUGAAUGCUCUGCACGCCGCUGUGGAUUCGGACAUUGUCAGUACUGGUUUCUUGACAAAACUGAUGGAGACAAGACCGGAAAUGAUCAAAGAAGUGGACAGUAUGGGAUGGACACCUCUUCAUUAUUCAGUAUGGCUUGGCAAAGUGGAGAUGACUCGACUUUUGCUUCAACAAGACAUCUCGGCUGCUUAUAUAUCAGACAAGGAAGGCCAAUGUCCCCUUCAUCUUGCUGCCGCUACUGGUCAGAUUGAUGCCUAUAGGGAGCUUGUUGGUAGCUGUCCUUACGUUUGGGAACUAGUUGAUGGUAAAGGAAGAACAUCUCUCCACUCUGCAGUCAUGUCAAGACAAAGAGGGAUCAUUGACUGUAUUCUACAGAUGCCUGACAUCUCUCUUCAUCUUUUGAAUGAAAGCGAUGUAGAUGGAAACACUCCUCUCCAUCUAUCGGUUGUUUACAAGUGCCACGCUAUUUUGCUGCUUCUUUUGCGUGACAAGCGAGUGGAUAAGCGUGUUGUGAACCGUGAUCAGUUAACAGCUGCGGAACUCUUUUACUCUCAGAAGCAAGAGAUUAGUUUCAAGGUGGCUAUGGCAUACUAUUCACUGCAAAGAUACUACAAACAACCGUCUAAGCAACAGAACAUAGAGACAAAGAAGCAAGAAAAAGCAGAUGUUGCAAGAAAUGACGGUGCAAUGUACGAGGUUCAUCUUCUAGUCGCGGUCCUUGUGGCAACCGUAGCAUUUGCCGCAGCAUUCCAACUACCCGGCGGUUAUAAACCAGACGGCACACCUACACUGAUGGAAGAAGCAGCUUUCAAAUGUUUCUUGGUGUUUGACACAAUCGCCUUCUGCUUCUCUGUAUCCACAGUCUACUUCUUGUUCUACGCUUCGAGAGACGGCUUUCGAGCACGUUCUGCUUUCCUCUACAUGUCUUGUCUGUUGAUUGUUGUGUCGCUGAUCGCAAUGGCAUCUGCGUUUGCAUCAGGGAUGUAUCUUAUUACCUCCAAGACCAGAGCAUUGGCCAUUGUACCGUUCUUGAUGGUUGGAUUCUUCGUCUUGCACGGUUUCUUGUACUGGUUCUUUGAUCCACGAGGAAGCUACGUCCUUGGCCUCGAGAGACCUCGUAGGUUUUUCAGGAAGCUCGUCUAUAGAAACUCAUUGGUUCAUGCUUUGGUUUGUGACUGAGUUUGUGUAAAGAAUCAAGAAUAACAAAACACUUUGUACCUAUAUACAAUACAUUCCAUUUUCAAAAUAAAAUUUAAUCUCAUGACUUGUUAAAACGAAAACAGAAGAGUUUAUUAUGCGUACAAUACUGCUACAGCUGAGCAUACAAAUAUAAAUAGAGAAAGGAAA